AUUUGACCGCUACGUUCCUGGAUAUCAUCCUCGUUGCACUAAUGUAGAUCUAACGAAAACUUAUGCUAUAGUAUGUGCUAUCAUCCAUUCAUCGUCUAAUAUAUGCUAGUUACACUUUGAGGCGAUAAUUGCAUUGUGCAUCAGCACAACCUAUAUUUUUGAAGCUAUUAUCAAGUCGCUAUGAUGACUUGCACAAUCCCACUACGCAGAUGGCAGGGCUCCAAACGAUAAGCAGAGUGGAAAAAGCAGUCCGAACAAUGCUAUUACCUAAAUGAUUAGUUUCAAUAACCUUAAUAAUAAUAUUGCAGGAUACAAUAUAGGACCUGUUUAGCUGCAACAUGUACUUCUAUCGCGUCAAGAUCAAUUUUAAAUUUUAUUGUAUUUUUUUUAACCUAAUUUUAAAUACAUUAGAACGCAUUCAGCACUGAUGCCAAUAAGCCUCAGUGCCGUCGAUUGAACUUUUAAAGCUAAUACAUAUAGUUAAGGUAUAAAGUGAAAUAAUAUGCAAUAAUACUUCCGUGGUGUCCUGAUUAAUGUGUACGCACAAGACUAUCUAGAAGCAUUUGCACUGAAGGUAUCUUUUCAACCAAAUUAUGCGACCUCGUCUUGCGCAACCUUAAACCGUCGUUAUGCAUAAAAGAACUUAAGUUAAACGGGUUAUAAGAAACGUUAUCUACGUCGACUCUGGUGUUGAUUGAUUGAAGCCAAUAUGUCAUGCAAACGGUUUGGAAUUGGAUUGGCCUAUGCCGAUAAAUUGGCCGGAAACUGCUUUUCCUAAAGAAAAAAAACCUAAUCGAACUAAUAUAUGUAUACAUAUGUACACCCUAAAGCAACUUUGUUGCUGCAAAAUUGAUGCAAAAAAGACAAGUAGGUCUUUCUAUAUUAGCAUGGUUAGCACGAAGCACUAAUUCAGGUUCACGUAAGCCAGUCUGGUAUAACAGUGUCUGCCCCUUGGACUUGGUCACAUAAGUAUAUGUAUAAGAUAGGUAAUAUAAGCUCAGUCUUUGCCUUAAACCGCUUUAACAAACAGGUCAUCCUAAAACAUAUAAAUGGAAUCCAUCUUGCUCACUUGUGAAGUUAGUUUUUAAUUUAAACUAUUAGAAUAGCAACUUCUUCGUUUGUCCUUUGUUGAUUUCGUAAUUUUCAUUUUGUCACCAUAGAGUUCCGUCAACUGUCGGCGGCGGCGGUAGUUUGCGCUAGCCUCCUUUCCGUUGCGGGGCCAUUACCCAACGAAAGACGACUGAGUCUGGUAUGGCAGAACCAAACGGUGAGGCAAAGAGUAACUGCGCUCCACCGAAGCAGGCAGUAAACUGGCCUUUGACUAUCUCUGCGAUAAUUGUAUCCGGGACCCUUGUCCGUUGUCUUCCUUAAUGGUCACCAUUUCUGCCGCUGUGUAUUAUCGUAGACGACUAGAGGAAGCGGAUAGUAUUUUUUGUUACGCGUGGGGUUUGGCGGCGUUGAUACGUCUUGGCGCGUAUUGUUGUUAAAUUUUGAACUAUGCGCGGCGCGGCGCGCCGUCUAUAUGUGAGCUGUAUUACAACUAAAUGAAAAUUUAUGCAUGCGUUGUCAAGAUUCUGUUGAAACUACUUUUCAGUAUACAACCGUUGAUCUUGGAACGAAGUCGUUAUCGUUCAGUCCUGCUUAAACUCAAGCUGAGGAUUUCUGCGCCAGGUUUUAGAGACAAAACACAGAAAAGAAUAACAUAAUGCGCUGGUUUAUAUCGCUAGCAGGCACCUUUGUUCUCUGGAUGGGAUUGAUUAGUGGCUUUCAAGCAAUGGACGCGAACAUCGAAGCUCUGCAGCAUAAAGUGGCUCUUAUACACAAAAUUUUGAAAAAUCAUGUUCCGAACCCAAUGGACAAAAGUGAUGAUGAACUCCACGAAGAGAUUACGGCCAACAUCGCUGAACUAUGGGCUAAAUAUGAUGCAGCCCUUCAGAUACACGUAGAUCAUCUACUUAGGCAGUUUUUACCGUAUGUGCUAGAGGUAGCUAAUACUGAUCUCCAGGUGGAUUGUAUAAGAAGCCUUUUGAGAGUGGUACGUGGUCUAAAGACGUUAGACACCUGGGCCUUUCAACUCUUGGACUCUAUCGGUCGUCCUGCUGCGGGUAUCAUGGACGUAACGAUGAGCGAUUAUGGUGACUAUGAUCAAUGUCUAGCGGUGACUUCGUACGAAGCUGAUGGACCCAUCGAUUUCCGUGGUCAACACUGCAACAUCGCCAUCCGGCCUCCCGCUUUCCCGCCGCUAUCUACGAACUCUGCUCAUAAACUACAAGAAGUCCUCAACGGAACUAGCGUCUACAAAGAGGUUCUUCUCACCUACUACAAGGUUCAUCAAGAAUUCGAGCUACGUAUGGGCGUCUGUGCACCAUCGAAAUGCAGUGCUACCGACGUAUUUCGAAUGCUGCAACCCUUAGCCGACAGUUUGGGUGUGCGAAUCGACGUUCUUGGCUGUGAAUCGCUUGAUACUCCCCUACAACUUGAUACUCAGCAAUUUUGCGUCGUGUGUUGCUUGACCCUCUCAGUAUUUCUGGUAGCGAUGGGUACGACUAUCCAGGGCCUGCCGAAGUCUCUGCGUGGGCAAUGUCCAAAAGGUGCAAUUAUGGCAUUCGACCUUAAGCAGAAUCUGCGCCUAUUGCUUUCAACGAGCUCAACAGGUCCAUGUGCUCUUCGAUGCCUGCAUGGGCUUCGGGUGAUGUCACUUUUGUGGGUUGUCUUGUGCCAGACCUAUCGAUAUCUCGACUUCAGAUCAAUGCGUAACCUGGCUUUUCUCAUCGGAGCCAUGAACUCAAUGCCAUUUCAGUUGGUUGCCAACGGAUUUUUGGCUGUGGAGAAUUUUUUCUUUAUCAGUGGACUACUCAUGAGCUAUCGUAUCACAGCUACUUCAUCUGAUAACGUCAUUAGAUACAAGGAUAUCUUUACCUCGUAUUUGCACAGAUUGACAUCUUGCGCACUGUUCAGUGUGGGCAUCUUCUCGGUUCUCCCAUUGGUCGGGUCGGGACCCGUCUGGCGCGAGAAUGUGCUUAACGCCACUGUUAACUGCCACGCGAACUGGCUGCCCAUCCUCUUCUCCGUAAAUAAUUUUGUAUCUGCCGACAAGAUGUGUACCCCAAACUUGUGGUUUCUCAGCGCCGAUUGGCAGCUCCAGGUCGUCCUGUUAGUACUUGUUGUUCUACUUGUCAAGAAACCUGCAAUGGGCGCUCUGGUAGCAUUUGCUGUUAUAGUCGUUACUUCGUCCUUGGUCGGAGCUCACACUGUCCUAGCUAACUAUCCGGCGACGAUACUUCCACUUGAAAAUCCACGCGUCAUGGCUCUGAUGAUGGAUGAUAUUUUUAUGCAAGCACACACACACGCUGCUCCCUUUACUGUUGGCAUCUGCACGGGGUAUCUGAUUGGCGCCAGUCCUUUUAUGAGGUUGAGGCCGGUGACCCGUUUGAUGUUAUGGCCGGUCUCGCUCGUUUUGAUGGUCUUGGCUCUACUGAUCCCGUGGCUCUGGAACCGUGGUAACGGAUCGCAGUCCACAGACCUGGUCAAAUUCCUUUAUGCUGCAGGACACCGUUCGAUGUGGGCAUUGGGCCUUAUGUGGAUAGUGGUAUGUUGUGCUUCCGGCAAUGCUCCGAUUCUCGAUCGCCUGCUUGGCUGGCCUGCCCUGCGGCCCCUAUCGCGACUUAGCCUAAGCGCUUAUCUCCUUAGUCCAGUAAUCAUCUACUAUCAGCAGUGGACUAUUCGCGAGCGUCUUUACGGGCGCCAUUUCACAGUGUUAAACCUGUUUAUUGUCAAUAUGAUUUACCUCGUCUUUGCCUCGGCAAUAUUCUACUUGUUUGUGGAACAGCCGUUGCGCCAGUUCUCCAAGUCAACCUUUGAGAGCAUGUUUGAUUCGAACGCCGCUCGUGGAUCGCUAGAAGAUGGAGGGCCCGUUCGAUUCAACGACUCGAUAUCGCAUCAAGAACCACUGGAGGUACAGAGCAAACCUGGCAAAAUCAUCAAAGUUUACCUCUGACAGCGUUCGAGACUACAUGGGUAUUGAUAGCGUGAAAAGAGCGUUUGGCCUAAAUUUUCGCUUUAGGAAAUCCGAUGUGGCAUGAGCGUAGAUAACAGAGAAUAUGACUGCGUGAGAUUUUACAAUCGACCUGCUAACGCCCAAAGAACCUGAUUAAAUAUUCCAACUGGGAGAUAUCUUGCCCAUCCAGGGCGAAUGAUCUCUUUUACAACGCCGAUGUGCACCUUUCAACUUUAUAUUGUACUGCAUAUUGAUCUUGCUAUACCUAUCUGAAUUUGUUUAAUCGUUUCGACUCAUAACGGUGGACUAGUAGAUACAAUCUAGAUAAAAUAAACAACUGUCGUACUACACGUAUUAUCGUUGUUAUUAUCACACACCACGGAGAUCUUCGCCAACUUACAUCCUACGUACAUAUAUUUAUAUACGUACCCUUCUUUAUCUCCAGUAAACACUGCUUCGACAACGCUUCCGUACUUUAUAACAAUGUUUAUAAUUUCGCCGUUACGUUUAAUCUGUCCAUUACAAAUCGUUGUCAUCGUAUUCUUUGGCGGUGCAAAGUACAUGAAGUUGUUGUUUUUGACAAAAACACUUCGCCAUCUGCAUCAGUUACAUAUUCAAGCGUUAUACACAAGCACAUCGAUUAAAUAAGCGUUGUCAAAGAAGUAGAUGAGUUGUCUUUGUUAUGAAGACCUUUCUGUUCAACAGGAAGCCUGUCUUCAUUCUUUUUUGUCCGCUUCAUCCCCCUUCUUAAUACCUGUGUAUAAUAAGUACACUAGUCAAGACUACGCUGUACCAAAUUCCCUGCAAGUUCGAAACGCUAGUGGAAUACUUGGGGAAGUAGCGCAUAUUGUUUCAAUGGAAACUCGAAGAAAAGCCGCAGGUACCGGAAAAGACUGUCCUGACGUGCUAACUUUCCAUUUACAUCUAGAUACUUAGAAUGUGUUGUUCUAAGCAAGAUGAAGUAACGUACUCAGAAGUACGACAAGACGUUUUUUCGCAAUGAACGCAUCGUUCUGCGUUCUUCAUGUCUGUUAUAGCUUUAUCGAUCCAAGGCUGCGCCCGAAGCGACGACAUACGUUGAGCUACUUACUCCUAUGCAUUUCGUGUGCGUCUGGCAAUUUAGCUAAAUGAUGCGCAUUCAAGCUUGAGUUGUAAAAGCUUAUAUGAAGAUCAGCAUGAUUUGUCGGUGGUUACCUUUUACCCCUGAAGGCACAAUCGACUUCCCGCGGAAACAGUCGUUUCUAUGAAAGACCAUUGCUACCAGAUUCAUCAGCAGGUUUUUAGCAUACCAAUUGUCAAAAUAAAGCUAACUUGUUGCAUUUUUCCUAUGCGCAAAAGAACACAGUAGGCUAUCGCUAAGUAGAGUUGCCAAUUUCAUCAAUCGUAAGUUCUGAAACUUAAAAAAUACAGCUUUGAACCCCAAAGGUAUUUAUGUGAACGUAUGACGAGUACAAGUCACGUAACGUAAAGGUAUUCGUAUCCGAACCACCUUACAUAAUACGCUCUUAACUAAAAAGCUAUUUUUGCAAAGAUCGUAGUUCAGAUAUUUGUUCAAUCCUUAGUUCUCCGUACUGUAUAGGACUGCAUCAGAAGCAAAACUUUCGGGUAGUUCAGAUAAACAAAUCCGAAAUCAGAUGUUAAGGAUUCAGAAUUACAUUUCAUACUACUUCAAACUGAAACUUCAACGUGAAAAAUGGUCCUCGUAGUGGUUGACAGAUUUGGGAAAACGUAGAUAUAGAUCAACUUAUCACAGAAUCUAAACGAGACCAAUUUGAAACUAGUCGUGAUAUCACUAAAGAAUAAAACGUCUACCACCAUAGUUUUUAACGGUUUGAGGAAAACUGGCAUUAAAAAAAAACUCGGAUGUUUGGGUGGCACACGGAUUAACGCAACGGUAUUUACUCAGUCGUAGUUCUGCCUAAGGAACUU